AUGACGACAUGUAAUACACGACUUUCACGGUGGUCUCCAGUUCCUGGUGCAAGGUCCAUCCACGCACGCGCUACCGAGUUCCUUCCCAGCAGUCUCCCCGAAUGGACCGACUCCCAGCGUGCGGUCCGCGAAGCCAUCGCCAAAAUUUGCGCCAAGUACCCUGACGAAUACUGGUUAAAGCGCGAUAACAACCAUGAGUUUCCCUGGGAACUUUCCAAGGACCUAGCCAAGGAUGGGUGGCUAGGGAUUUGUUUGCCUGAGCGAUAUGGAGGCUCUGAGUUGGGUAUCUCAGAGGCGGCGGUGAUGCUCCAAACCAUCUCUGAGUCUGGCGCAGGCCAAGGCGGCGCCUCUUCUAUUCAUAUGAAUAUCUUUGGCUUAGAGCCUAUUGUUAAGUUCGGUUCUGAGGACCAGAAAGACCGCUGGCUCGCGCCUCUUAUCCAGGGCAAGGAGCGCGCAUGCUUUGGGGUCACAGAACCGAAUAGCGGCCUAGAUACUCUACGCCUACAAUCCUUUGCGCGGCGAAAGGGCGACUAUUAUGAGCUUAGUGGCUCUAAGGUUUUUAUAUCUACCGCUCAAGUUUCGGAAAAGAUCUUAAUCCUCGUGAGGACAACGCCUCUCGAAGAUGUCAGGAAGAAUGAGCCUAAUCAAGGUCUCUCACUCUUCUAUACUAACCUCGACCGGUCCGCCGUGGAGGUUAAAGAGAUUCAGAAGAUGGGGCGCGCCGCAGUUGAUACUAAUGCCUUAUUCUUUGAUGGUUGGAAAGUCCCCGCGAAGGAUCUCGUCGGGCAAGAAGGCGAAGGCUUUAGGAUGAUUAUGCACGGGAUGAAUGCUGAGAGGAUCCUUAUCGGCGCAGAGGCUCUAGGUCUCGGCUACGCAGCCUUGCGCCGUGCCUGUAACUAUGCUAACGAAAGGGUUGUGUUUGGUCGCCCGAUAGGCUCAAACCAGGGGAUUCAACACCCACUCGCCGAGUGCUGGAUGAAUCUCGAAAGUGCCCGGCUCGUGGUUUAUUUAGCGGCGAGAUUAUACGAUCAGGGUUACCAGGACGGGGAAUAUGCAAACACAGGGAAAUACUUAGCGGCCGAGGCCGCGUUUAAGACUGCUGAGAGAGCCAUCUUAACACACGGCGGAAUGGGCUAUGCUAAGGAGUAUCACGUGGAGCGGUAUCUCAGGGAAUCAAUGAUCUCACGAAUCGCUCCUGUUAGCGGUGAGCUCAUUAAAAAUUACAUUGGGCAACGGGUGCUGGGCUUGCCAAAGAGUUACUAG